GUUCCCUGCUCACAUUCAGAACAAAUAAACAAUUAAAAACACAUCGCCAUGGAAAAACAAAGACUCCUUUGUUUAACAGAUGCAAGCAGCUCUGACAGUCCUCUUCAUUCCUCCACCUUUCACACAACUCAUUCAGAUCCAACUGUAUCAGACAUAGACAAGAAAAUGAAGUCCAUAGUGACACUUUUGGAAGAGGAUGGGCAUUACCGAAACAGAAACCUAGAAAUCAAAUACAUGCUUGAAGAGUACAACAGAUCUUACCAAUCCUUGGCCGAAAAAUAUGACUGUUUAAAGUUCAUAUUUGUGAACACUCUCUAUUCCGCAUCGUCUUCGUCUUCUGAUGCCGAGAUAUUUCGAUGCAAUUUCAAAAGCCCAGAUGCGAAAUCUGCUGCAAUUGGUGGCACUGGCAGCCUCAAAUAUAACUAUGACAUCUUCAGCAACGAGUUCCUGAUAAAGCUAAGAGAUGAAUUGGUUGUCUCAAGUAAGCUGUGUACACAGAAUUCUGAUAAAAUUGUUGUAAGUGACCAUACAAUGUAUGGAAGAAUCAGGGGUCAUGAUGAAAUAGAUAAUACUGAAAUAAAGAUGAACGAGCUCGAAAUACGACAGGUCAAAGAAGUGCAUCCAUCAGUGGCUAUUGAUAGAUGGGAGAGUAGAUGGAAUGAACUAAACUCACAAGUGACAAUGCUCAUGGAGGAAAAUCUGCAGCAUCAGGAGGAGUUAACUAGGAGAAACAAUGAUAAGAGAGAAGCCAUUAAAGAACUUCAGCAACAGAUACGAUGCCUAAAGAGUGAGAAGAGUGCCCUCCAGAGUUCUCUUAGAUUCACCAAAGAAAAGUUGAAGCCAUAUCGCUCCCCAAUAUCACGACUGGCAGCAACAAUUUCAAACAAACUAUUGAAGCGAGGUUGUUCUUGACCUGAAUUUCAGUGGCUCAACAACAGAUCAUUCCACA